GCAUCGACCCGACAGCUCCCCGACAGCUCCCCGCAUCGACCGAGCUAUGGCAAAGCCCAAGGGACAGUCCAAGGGACAGCACGCUGCCGUUUCCAAACGGCCUGGUGGCGGCGUCAAGCCCACCAAAUCCCAUUCUGCACACUCCAAGCCCAAAUCCAAACCGAGAUCUAAGCCUGGCGCAAAGUCAAAGUCCGGCAAAUGGGACGUCUACGAGGCCUCGAGCGGCGAAGAGGACGACGGCCAGCCGCGGACCAAGAACUCCAGAAGCAGGCUGGAGAAGCGGCGAAAUCUCGAUGACGUUGAGGACAUCAACCUCGACGUUGACCAAAUCGACUCGGAGGAUGACGAGGAAAUCAGCGAGGACGAGGCCUUUGGAAGCAGCGAUGAAGAAAAGUACGGGAGCUACUUUGCCCCCUCCAAGUCUGCCAAGAAGAAGAAGAGUGUGCAACAGGAGCUUACUCUCGACGAGGAUGAGCCCAUGGGAGAUGAGAGCGGCGGAGAACAGGCGCCUGGUGAUAGCGACGGCGACAGCAUCGAGGACGAAGAAUUCGACGAAGAGACCAUGAUGAACCUUUCCGAUAUGCUGGGCCCCUCGACCGCUCCCGUCCGGCCACCCACCGCGAGCUCCAAGCUCAAGGAGCAAAUCGACCUGCUGCUCCCGAGUCGGCACCGCGCUGGUGAGGACGAUGAGGACGAGGGCCUGGACGAUAUCGAUGGGCUGGACGAGGACGAAGAUGGCGAGGAUGAGGAUGAAGAUGAUCACGAUGAGGAUGAUCUCGAUGAGGACGAUGACUUCGAUGAUGAUGAAGUGGACGACGAGGAAGAGGCCGAGCGCUCGCGGAGAUCCAAGCGGCAGAAGCAGCUUGAGAAGGACUCGAGCAUUGCCGACGAGCUUGGCGAGUUUGUCAACAAGCUCGGAAAGCACACCGUGCUCCCCACAAAGAAACGGCACAUGUCCGAGAUCACCGAGGCCUUUGAGGAGUCCGAGUACGCCAUCAGCACCAGGGACAGCGCCGCAGAUCUGGACUCUGGCUCUGCCAAAGCCAACCAGAAGCUCAACUUUGCCGAUAUGGUCGGCGUCCUGCAAGAUACCACGGAUUUUGGUGGCUUGAAGAAGCAGAUCGAACAGCUGGAGACGCCCGUUGCUGUCCGAGACUCGCUGCACAAGGCUGCCACCCAGCAGGCUGCUGUCGUGUCGGCACCGCUGCCCAAGCGAGUCCAGGACCGCCUCACUCGCGAGGCUGCGUUUGCAGAGACCAAGAAGGACAUUUCCAAGUGGACCCCGAUCAUCAAGAAGAAUCGGGAGGCCACCCAUCUGCAGUUCCCCAUGAAUGAGCCUCCUGCACCUGGCGUAUCCAGCAGUGGCCUUGUCAGCAAGUUUACGCCCGAGACCGAGAUGGAGAAGGAAAUCCAUCAAAUCCUGGAGGAGUCGCAGUUGGUUGAGAAAAAACAAAAGGCCUUUGAGGAUAUGGAGCUCAACAAGGUCUCCAAGGAGGAGCUCAUGGCCCGCCGCGCGGAGCUGUCCAAGAUGAGAAGCCUUUUGUUCUUUGAGGAACAAAAAGCCAAGCGUCUUGCCAAGAUCAAGAGCAAGACCUACCGCAAGAUCCUCAAGAAGGACAAGCUGAAGAAGCAGAUGAUGUCGAUUGAGGAGCUGCACAAGCUGGAUCCGCAGCUGGCAGCGGCCGAGCUUGAGAAGCUCGAAGCUGCCCGUGCCAAGGAACGUGUCAGCAUGCGCCAUAAGAACACGGGCAAAUGGGCAAAGUACAUGCUCUCCUGGAACGAUGUCGAUGGCGAAACCCGCCAAGCCUUGAACGAGCAGCUCAACAAGCACGAGGAUCUCCGUAAGCGCAUCACGGGCAUUGACUCGGAUGAUUCGGACGCCUCGGAUAUCGCAGAGGACGACGACGACGCAGAAGGGUCCUUUGAGGACCGCGCCAAGGGCAGUGCUCUCGCUCGACUUGACCAACUGGAAAACGAGGUUGAGGACGCCGAGGCCCCCAAGAAGGGUGUCUUUGCCAUGAAGUUUAUGCAGCGCAACGUCGAGCAGCAGAAGCAAGAGGUUCAGCGCAAGAUCGAUCGCCUGCGUGCCGACAUUGAAAGCGGUCGGUUCGAGAAUGAAGACGAAGAUGGCGAUCUCGACUCGGACGAUCGUGACUACGAGCUCGACAGCGACGAUGAGCGAGCGCGCAGCGAGAAGCGAAAGGAUAAUGCCGCUGGCAAGAUCGCCGCCGACGAUGCUGGCCGAAAGACUGUCGCAGGAAAUGCCGGCAGACUUUCGUAUGGUGUGCAAACCAAGUCGCGCUCGGGGCUGGAAAUUAUGAACGACGACGAUGAAAACGAAUUCACCUUUGAUUCGAGCGGCCUGGUCGCUGGAGAAGGCCAUUCACAGAUCAAGCUGUCGGGCCCGGUCUCCAUUGAAGCCAAGGCAAUUGCGCAGAAGCCAAUCUUUGAAGUCGAUACCUUUGAAACCGAGGGUUUCUCGUUUGUGGGCCAGGCGAAUAAGGCCAAGUUCGAGGCGCCCGUCACGAGCCUGCCCACCAAGGGCAAGGGCAGUCCACCCGAGCCCGUCGUGCUCGCGAAACCAGCAUCGCAGAAAAAGUCCAAGCGCCUGCACGACCAGCUGGCCAAGACCGCCAGCCCCGCCGAGACGGCUCAGAGCGACGCUGUUUCUCGCACAAGCGCACCUUCUCGAUCUGGCGAGCAAGACCAAUCGGUAUCGGACGUGAAUCCCUGGCUUGCCUCAGACUCCAAGGCCAUUCAGAAGAGCACCAAAGUCGCCAAGAUCGACAAGAACACAGAUCGUGCUGUCAAGGCUCUGGACAAGUUCUCCAAGGAGAAGAAGAAGGGCCAGCGGGAUGCUGUCGAGGCACUUGAAGCCAGUCUCGAGAUCGAUAUCAGCGGCCUGAAAGCCCUGGAAAGCACCUCAAAGAAGGGAUCUGCUGCCAGUCCCUCCUUCGGGACCGGCCCGGCACACACUGGCGAUCACGCUGCAGCCGACGCCGACGACCUCGCUGACGGCGAUGCUGACACAGAUGAGCCUGUUGAUGCCGGAUCGGCUGGUCGGACGGCUGCAGACGCAUCCAAGCGGAAGCGGAAACACCGGAAGGGUGGAAAGAAGGCUGCCACGGAGCAGUCUACCGACAGAUCCGGUACCCUCGACAGCGACGAUGAUGAUGGGGACCACCAAGCUGACGCCGAGCAGUUGGAAAUGGUGCACUCCAGCGACGCCUCCAGGCUCAGCCAGCAUCAGAUCAUGCAGAUGGCGUUUGCCAACGACGACGUGAUGGCCGAGGAGUUUGAGGACGAGAAACGCCGCUUCAUUGACCGCGAUGCGCCCAAGGACGUCGAUUUGACCCUUCCUGGCUGGGGAUCCUGGGGCGGCGAGGGUUUGAAGCGGAAACGCAAUGUUGUGGUGCAGAAAGCCCGGCCCGGCACCGGCGUCGACCCGUCCACGCGCAAGGACUCCAAGCUCAAGCAUGUCAUCCUGAACGAGAAGCGCAACAAGAAGUCCCUCAAGCUGAUGGCCUCCGAGGUCCCGCACGGCUUCGGCAACCGCGACCAGUACGAAAACGCAAUGCGGCUGCCGCUUGGCCCAGAGUGGAACGCCCAGAGCUCGCACCUGGAUCUCAUCCGGCCAAGGAUCCAGACCAAAGCUGGCGCCGUCAUCCAUCCGCUGGAUUUCAAGCCGGCCUCCAAGAACAAAUCGUCCAAAGCAAAGUAGACGAGCGGAUUGCAUUCUCGGAGCCCCUGUCGGCGCCUGCUUCUUUCCUGUCCGCCCCUCACCUUCAAUGGCGCUUUGCUUUCUCCACGGCGAAACUCGCUCUGCCCUCAUCCCACCAUCCUUGCGCCUCCCUGUCUCCGAAUGCAAUCGCGGUUACAUCGCCAGUGUGGGUAACCCCAACACGACAUUCAUCACUUGACUCCCG